AGUAGUUUUUUUUUUGUCAGUUCAUAGUGCAAAAGAGUGCAUGUUUUUACAUCAUACUGGGCGGCUGACGUGUAUUAGGUGUGGGUGGGUCACCGUGUGUUUAUGUGUGUGUGUGUGUGUGUGUGUGUGUGCGUGUGAAUGGGUGGGUCACUGUGAGUCUGGGUGGUUUCCCUGAGAAAGCAGACUUUAUGUCAGAAUCGUUCAAUUUCCCAGUUUGUUCCCUGUUCAUCCUUGUCUUGCUUUCAUCUCUCACUUAGCGUGUCCGUUUUGUCCUUUACUCCACCUGCUGCUAUGUCAAAGGGUCUGUUAUACUUACCUGUGAAGUUCAAGAAGAACUUCUGCCAUGAGGCCGCUGUAGAUCAAGCAAAGCAGUUAGAUUCUGCAGUUGCUCUGGAGGAACUGAAGGAGGCCGUGGCUUCCAGGAAGAAAGUACCUCAGGCUGAAGAUGUACCCGAUAGUGAGGUGAAAACCAACUCUUCUUUCCCCCACCACACAGUGUCCCUCUGUGCACCAACAGAGAAAAGUGGACAAAGCUCACUUCCCUACAGACUGGCUGCAGUGUGUCUGGGGCUGCUGUGUGCUCUCUUAUUGGGUGCCAUAUUAGUCCUGUGUGUCCUCUAUAUGCGUGUUGGAGAAGACAGUGCCCUACAUCAGAAUGAUAUGACAGUAGAAGGGGUUGUGGAACAGUUCAGGGCCAACUGUAGCAUCCAGACUAAAGACGAGGACCAGCUAAAGACUUUUUACAAUGUAAUGACUGAAGACAAGGGCCAGCUACAGGAAAACAUCAAGAAAUUGGCUGAGGACAAAGGUCGGCUGCAAAAAAACUACAACAAAUUGGUUGAGGAGAAGGACCAACUACUGAAGAGCUACAACAAAUUAACUGAGGACAAGGACCAACUACAGAAAAAAUACAAGGCUGUAACUGAAGACAGUGGUGAGCUACAGAAAAACUGCAGCACUCUGUCAAAAGAAAAGAGCCAGCUACAAGCAGACUACAAUACCCUGGACAAAGACAAGAAGCAGCUAGUUGCAGAUUACAAUGCUCUGGCUAAAGAAAAGAGCCAGCGGGAAAGAGACUACAGCACCUUAGAGACAGAAUGCCAAACUCUGACCAAUGAGAAGAAAAGGACUGAGGAAGAAAGGAAGACACUACAACAACAACUGGAUGAAGAAAGGAACACGUUUCAAAAAUGGAACCGUACUUUUACGGUUGUGCUGGAGAACAAAAAACACAAGGAACAGCUGCAGAGAGACUUUGAUGCAGUGUUGGCGAAAUCCCCUGUUCUGGAUCAGUACUGCCCCCUCAGCUCACAAAAGAGAAUGUGUAAACCGUGUCCACAGGGCUGGGAGCAGUUCUACUCCAAGUGUUACUACUUCUCUACUGAGAGAAAGACCUGGACGGACAGUCGCAGUGACUGCAUUAAAGAAGGGGCUGACCUGGUAGUUAUAAAGAGUGAAGAGGAGCAAGAGUUCAUCACCAGAUACACAAGGGAUUAUAACUGGAUUGGACUGAGUGACUUGGAAACUGAGGGUACCUGGCUCUGGGUGGAUGGAACCACUCUGCUGAAAGGAUUCUGGAGAAGUGGACAGCCAGAUGAUCAUUUCUGGUUUGACAGUCGUACACAGUACCAAGAUGCCGACUGUGCAGUUACUGUGCCUGCAACUCAGGAUGAAGACGCAACCUAUUCUGAGGUCAAAAUCAUCAACCCUACUGCCUCCAACACAGUGUGCCACUGUGGUUCAGCAGGGCACAGUGGGCAAAGCUCACACCCCUACAGACGGGCUGCAGUGUGUCUGGAGCUGCUGUGUGCUCUCUUAUUGGCUGCCACAUUAGUCCUGUGUGUCCUCUACCUGAAGGUCCCAAAGUGCUCAGGGAUGGAGAGAGAACUGGAGGAGCUCAGAGCCAAUCACAGCAGAGGGAUUCAAGUAGAGAGGAAGAAAAAUAACACAGCUUCAUUAGCAAUGUUAGAGAAAAAGUACAAAUAUCUGGAAAAUUACUGCCCCUCCAAUUCAAAAGUCGAUCAAGCAAAGCAGUUAGAUUCUGCAGUUGCCCUGGAGGAGCUGAAGGAGGCCGUGGCUUCCAGGAAGAAAGUACCUCAGGCUGAAGAUGUACCCGAUAGUGAGGUGAAAACCAACUCUUCCAUCCCCCACCACACAGUGUCCCUCUGUGCACCAACAGAGAAAAGUGGACAAAGCUCACUUCCCUACAGACUGGCUGCAGUGUGUCUGGGGCUGCUGUGUGCUCUCUUAUUGGGUGCCACAUUAGUCCUGUGUGUCCUCUAUAUGCGUGUUGGAGAAGACAGUGCCCUACAUCAGAAUGAUAUGACAGAAGAAGGGGUUGUGGAACAGUUCAGGGCCAACUGUAGCAUCCAGACUAAAGACGAGGGCCAGCUACAGACCUUUUACAAUGUAAUGACUGAAGACAAGGGCCAGCUACAAGAAAACAUCAAGAAAUUGGCUGAGGACAAAGGUCAGCUGCAAAAAAACUACAACAAAUUGGUUGAGGAGAAGGACCAACUACUGAAGAGCUACAACAAAUUAACUGAGGACAAGGACCAACUACAGAAAAAAUACAAGGCUGUAACUGAAGACAGUGGUGAGCUACAGAAAAACUGCAGCACUCUGUCAAAAGAAAAGAGCCAGCUACAAGCAGACUACAAUACCCUGGACAAAGACAAGAAGCAGCUAGUUGCAGAUUACAAUGCUCUGGCUAAAGAAAAGAGCCAGCGGGAAAGAGACUACAGCACCUUAGAGACAGAAUGCCAAACUCUGACCAAUGAGAAGAAAAGGACUGAGGAAGAAAGGAAGACACUACAACAACAACUGGAAGAAGAAAGGAACACGUUUCAAAAAUGGAACCAUACUUUUACGGUUGUGCUGGAGAACAAAAAACACAAGGAACAGCUGCAGAGAGACUUUGAUGCAGUGUUGGCGAAAUCCCCUGUUCUGGAUCAGUACUGCCCCCUCAGCUCACAAAAGAGAAUGUGUAAACCGUGUCCACAUGGCUGGGAGCAGUUCUACUCCAAGUGUUACUACUUCUCUACUGAGAGAAAGACUUGGACGGACAGUCGCAGUGACUGCAUUAAAGAAGGGGCUGACCUGGUAGUUAUAAAGAGUGAAGAGGAGCAAGAGUUCAUCACCAGAUACACAAGGGAUUAUAACUGGAUUGGACUGAGUGACUUGGAAACUGAGGGUACCUGGCUCUGGGUGGAUGGAACCACUCUGCUGAAAGGAUUCUGGAGAAGUGGACAGCCAGAUGAUCAUUUCUGGUUUGACAGUCGUACACAGUACCAAGAUGCAGACUGUGCAGUUACUGUGCCUGGGCACAGUGGGCAAAGCUCACAUCCCUACAGACGGGCUGCAGUGUGUCUGGGGCUGCUGUGUGCUCUCUUAUUGGCUGCCACAUUAGUCCUAUGUGUCCUCUAUACCAGUCAAUCAGGGAACUAUUCAAUGUUGGAGAGAGACCAGGACAAGCUCGGAAGCAAUUGCAGCACCACGAAUAAAGAGAAGGUCCACCAACAGAAGAACUAUUCAAUGUUGGAGAGAGACCUGGAGAAGCUCAGAACCAGUUGCAACACCAUGAAGGUCCAACAAGAGGGCAAAUAUUCAAUUUUGGAGAGAGAACUGGAGGAGCUCAGAACCAGUUACAGCACCAUGAAUGAAGAGAAGGUCCAGCAACAGAGAAAGUACAAUGCAGUAUUUAAGAAAUUCCCCUUUUUGGAGCAGUACUGUCCCUCCAGUUCACAGAGCAGAGUGUGUGAACCCUGUCCACAGGGCUGGUCACAGUUCUCUUCCAAGUGUUACUACUUCUCUAAUGAGAAGAAGAAUUGGUUUGACAGUCGCAGUGACUGCAUUAAAAGGGGAGCUGACCUGGUGAUUAUAGAGAGUGGAGAGGAACAGCGGUUCAUCACCAACAUAGCAAAAUACAAUACCUGGAUUGGACUGAGUCGCUCAGAAUUUAAGGGUAACUGGCUCUGGGUGGAUGGAACCCCUCUGCAGAAAGGAUUCUGGGGGAAUGGAGAGCCAGCUAAUCAAAGUGGGUCUGAUUGUGCCAUGAUUGCCACUAAGAUGAAUGGAUGGGAUGCUUAUUACUGUUCUAAUUACCUAAAUUGGAUCUGUGAGACUGAUGCUCUGCUCCCCUAAACCAUUUUUGUCAUUGUAUGUUUUUGGUUAUUUUACCUUGUGAGAGCCAGUUGACCAUGUCAGGUUUGACCAUCAAACGCAGGACCAAUACGCAGACCUUAGGUUACUGUUCCUGUUCGGAAUGUAGGGAAUAUACAUACUGCUAUUUUAACUAGAAAUGUUUGUGAGACUAAGCUUUAUUAAAUGCAUUGAAAUGAUUGUACAUGUAGAGUGUAUUCAAGCUAUCACAUUAUUGGUACUGUAAGUAUAAAAAAAUUAUAUACGUUUAUAUAUAAACGUAUAUUUAAAAUGGUCCUCGUUAUGUGGUUGUGAUACUUUACCUUUAUACUGAAAAUGAGAACAGCUGUCACUUUGCUACAAAAGUUGAUGUCUUGUGUUCAUUGUGUGAAAGUAUCGGCUAAUAGGAAGAGCUUUUAGUUCCUAUUUACUCAGUAUCUCACGAAGGCUCUCCAAACAGAGGCUGUGUCCUAAAGCCAUAAACCACAUGUACCCACAAGUAAAGAAGUGGUAUGUGACACCAUGGCUCAAAUUCAAUUAACAUUUAUCCUUAACUCUGACUUACAAGUAAAUGUAAACAUUACUAUUUUCUUCACGAACUCAGUUUGGGGAGUUAGUUUUAGUAUUUGCUAAACACACCAAAUUGUGUCGGUGAAGAAAAAUUAUAGUCCUUGUUGCAAUUGAUGUAAGGAGUAAUGUUGAAUUUAACCUUAUGUGGUUCCCUGUGUUACCUUAAUCACAAUCUGGCUGUAUCGCAGAAGCAAGUCCACAAGCUAAGAGUGUGUGUAAAUGCUACGUUAACUUUGUUCUCCUAGUUAUGUCAGGUGCACACUAAUGAGUAAUGUUAUUCAUUUGAGUUUAAAAUAUUGUUAAUAUUUUUUUUUUGUGAAAGUAUAUUAUUUAUGCAUGUAGUGUUAAAGUUUAGAAAGGAGGAAAUGCAAUUUUGUUCAUCAUUUUUACCAUUUCUGUCAUUUUUUCUUUUGUACUCAUGAACUGAAAAGUAACACCACCACCCAGUGGCUGAGUAUAAAAAAGGUGGAAAAAACCUGCGUAUGAUAAAAAAUUAACAUGAAACAUGUGAAGCAAUGGAAGACAGAAAUUCAAGAAGGGUGCAAACCAUAAAAAAAUGCAAACACAAAGCAAAUGAUAGAAGGUCCUCAUUAUUAUUAGAUCACAUCUUUUUUUAUUCUUAGAAAUAAUCUGUUUUCUAAGAAAUACGCUGUCAUUCUGAUGAUGCUGUUUUAUUUGUUGUUUAUUGGUGAUCACAAAGCCGGUAAUUCGGCUUCCUGUACAUGCUCAGCUGCUACUCAAUCCUGGCCCUGGAUCUGUAGCAUAGCUUUCUGUGCUAUAUCAUGUGUCACAUCUGGAGCAGGAGAAAAGCAUUUUAAUUGUGUUAUCACAGGAUCAACAAGAUGGAAAUCAAUCUCAGAAAAGAUCAUUCAAAUUUAUGCGUGAUUUCAUCAUGUCUCAUGAUUGUAUUUGAAAAUAUGAAAAACUGGAAAAUUGUAAUUAGUGCUCUCAUAUUGUGACUGUAAAUCUGUGUAAAACUAUUAAUUAGACCAGCUGUAAUCACAAUCCCUUUAGAACUAGGUUUCCUUUUUUUCCAACUUUUGUAUUGUUUUCAUUUCCAUAAAGGUCAUGCUCCUUUACUGAA